UCUGUUUACAGCUGUGCUGGGGAGAGAGGGGGAGAGAGAGAGAGAGAGAGAGAGAGAGAGAGAUCACUCCCCAGGGAAACACAAGGACAGUUCUCCCUGGGCACUCGAGGCCUUGAUCCGCACUGUGUGCUGGGGUUGCCAGGGGGACACUGGAAGCAGCAGCAGGCGGAAAGGUAACUGAAGUAGCAACCCAGAAAGCUCACCUGCCACGCUGAGCCCUGCGCUUCCAGCUUUGCAAUUAGAUCUGGGUUUGCUGCUCAUACACGUCUGUCUCUGUCGAUGCAGCGAAAGCAGCACCGUCGGGCUCAUUUGGUCGUGCCGAGAUAAGCUUUAGACAAACAGAGUCAAACUGGACACUUCUUUCUCCUCUUGACCAAUUUCCCAGGGGAUGAAACUGCUGUGCAUGACAGUACACAGGAUUCCUGCAGAAAAGUGGAGGGGGAAGCAUUUCCACAACCCCCCUCCCUUCCUUCCUAAAGAAACAUGACUUUUCUGAUGAUGACAAGGGACCAUGAUCCCAAAUACUUUCUGCAGGUGGAAAACGGGCCAGGAAAUGUUUUCGUGACCCAGCUAGGAGAACACAGGUAAGGUGGCCCUUGAUGUGUGUGAUGCAUUCCUUAAAACGGCUGUGGGGGGACUUUUAUUCAGUUUGAGGGCCGCACUGUCAGCUGGGAAACCAUCUGGGGGCCACAUGCCAAGCUGAGUGGGGUCAGGGGAUGCUGCUCUAACCCCCUUGUAGAGUGGGUUACAUUCUAGCCAUGGAAAAGAUAGAUGUACCUACAGAUUUGUAUGCUACUGCAUGCUACUGAUUUGUAUACAUGUUAGAUGGACAUACCUAUUUUCUGGCAGGCUGGUCGCAUUUUCAUUCUUAUUAUUUAAUUAGCACAUUUAUGCCCAUCCCUUUCCUCCAAGGAGCUCAAGGUGAAGCAAACACCUAUCUCCCUCUCGAUUUAUUCCUCACAACAACCCUGUGAGGUAGGUCAGGCUUGAGAGACAAAGACUGGCUCAAAGCCACGCAGUAGGCCUCAAGGCUGAGUGAGGAUUUGAACCCUGGUCUCCCAAGACCCUAGCCACUACUCCACACUCACUGUCUGCCAUCAUUGGGACUGCUUGCUCAAGGAAAUUAUCGUUUCCAGGUUACACACCAAAGGCUUCCAACAGGAUACAGAAAAACCUAACAAACCCAUUCUUAUUCCGAUCAAAUCACUUGGUGGUACGGCUCAAGUGGAUCUCAUCAAACUGCACGGCUGGCGCCAGGGAUGAUGUCACUGCUGCCUCUUUCCGCAGCGUUAAAAUGCCAGACCAACAGUAACAUGGCAUAUAAAACAGUUCCCACAGUCAACCCUGCAUUUGGUGUUUGCGCUGCAUGGGGCAAAGAAGAUUUCAUGCUGUAGAAACACACCAUGGAAUUUGUUUAAGCUGUUGACAUCAUUUAAGAUCUCCCCACAUUUACUCGUGAGAAAACAAAGCGAGAACUUUGCAGAGAGCAGCAAAACACGUGGGCCCUGAAUUUGUGGCGAUCGUAGGGAGGUCUGACUAACCCCCAUGCAUCCUCAUAAACUUAGAUGCUCAGCUGGCAGAGACAGCUUUGAAAAGGCCUGGGUGGAUUUGGAGAAUUAUCUGCAGCUUCUACAUGUGGGCGUCUCUUUAGCUGUCUGCAAUAUGUCAUUGGUCUGCCAGAUAAUGCUUUACAGUAGACUUGACAGCCCUGGAGAUUCUUUCUCCAGGACUUCAGCUGUAAGUGUUACCUGAACAUGUGAAUGGUAAGAGUGUGGGGUGGGGCAGGGCAUUCAGGCUAGCCUCGCCCCCAGUGUCAUCAUGCCCGCUCCCCACUCAGUCCCCAACACAAUAUGGGGAAGGUCAUGAGGGUUUUUUGACUGAGGGCUUAUUCAUACUCCCUGCUGCUUUCCACCACUCUUUAGUGCUCAGUUGGAGCAAAGAGUGAUUCAGGUUUCACCCAGAUUGCCAUUUGUUCCGAUCUAUCGCUAAAGAAUGGGUUUUCUCUUGGAAAACAAUGGGGAAACCACUCAGAUACAUGCCUAGAAUAAGCGUGGGUCAAGCAGAAACAAGGAUGAGCCCUGAGUAUCAGUAGACUCCUGGUGCCAUUCUGAACUGGAAAAUUUCCGGUGGGAAAAUAAAGCAUUGGAAAAAGUUACUGCCUCAUAUUACUGCUGGGUGGUUGAGCAGGGAACAGGGUUCUUCUUACUUCCCACAAUAUGUAGGAGAAUUAUUGAAGGUAUCGCAUCGUCUGAUGCAGACUGAGAAUUAACAACUUGUGCUGAAGAGCUGCCCUGGCUGAUUUUUUGCACUUUCUGCUCUAGCACAAGAGCAGGCAAGCAUCUGGUUUUUCCUGAUCAGGUGGCAAUCCGACUUGUUGGUCUAGAAAAUGAUCCUUUGCAAAGCACAGCUGCAGGAUUAGAGUAUGUGUAAUUGCAACUUGGAUUUGCAUUCCACAUUUGGUUGCUCACACUAGGACUUUGAUUUGCCAUGGGCUUCUUUUCUAGCCAUUUGAUCCAAUUCAUUCAGGUAUGCUUGCAGCAAUUGCCUGCAAAGAUGGUCAGGAGAACUCUAUGCAGAAAAGACUUUCCCAACUCCAACGCCCAUCAGCCCCAGCCAGCAUGGCCAGUGAUCAAGAAUGAGGGAAUAGGGAUCUCCUAACAACCGCAUGCACACUUAACAAACUACAGUUCUCAGGAUUCUUUGGGGGAAGCCAUGAGUUUUAUAAUAUUGCUUUAAAUUUAUGAUGUGGAUGUGGUCUUAGGCCCCAACUCCACAAUAUACAUUUAAAGCAACAUCACACCACUGUGUGGUUUAACAGUUAAUCCCUCUUCUCAAUCCCUCUGGGAAUUGUAGCUCUCUUAAAGGAAAAGGUGUCUCCUAACAAACCUCAGCACUCUUAACAAACUGCAGUUCUCAGGUUACUUUGGGAGACCAUGGCCGUAGUAUUAAAGGUAAAGGUAAAGGGACCCCUGACCAUUAGGUCUAGUUGUGACUGACUCGCUCAUCUCGCUCUAUAGGCCAAGGGAGCCGGCGUUUGUCCUCAGACAGCUUCUGGGUCAUGUGGCCAGCAUGACUAAGCUGCUUCUGGCAAACCAGAGCAGCGUACGGAAACGCCGUUUACCUUCCCACCAGAGCACUACCUAUUUAUCUACUUGCACUUUGGUGUGCUUUCAAACUGCUAGGUUGGCAGGAGCAGGGACUGAACAACGGGAGCUCACCCCAUCGUGGGGAUUCGAACCGCUGACCUUCUGAUCAGCAAGUCCUAGGCUCUGUGGUUUAACCCACAGCGGCACCUACUUUAAAACUAUAGUGAAGAUGUGGUCCUUAUUUGGAUACAACCCAAAGCAGGUUUCCCCCCUUUAGAACUAUGUAAAUUAAUGUAUAUUGAUAAAUUCAUUAAUUGGUCAAUUAAAACAUAUAUUAAAUCAGCUAACAGCCCAAUCCCAAUGGCUACUCAUAAAUAAGCCCAAUGAGGCUGACUCUUAGAAAACCACAUGUGUGAACACAGCCUGAGUUUUCAUUGGAUGACAAACCUAGUAAUAUGUGAUCAAACCCUAAUUUCCUCCCUUUGUCCUGUCAUCAGUCCUGGUUCCCCUUCAGCUGUGUUGAACACCUCUCACUGCAGUAUGUGCCAACCCAGAUUUCAUGGACUACAAUUCCCAUCAGUGGACGGGAACUGCAGUUCAAUACAUCUGGAUGGCACCAGGUUGGCAAAGACUGCUCUAAUGAUAGCAGUUGAGUGAUAGGACCAUGGAACGAACCCAGCAGGUGGCACUACGGCUGUUUCGUCUCCUCCUGAAUGGGGUAAUGUAAAGGUCCCACCUGGAUCUCUUGAGUUGUGACCUUUCAACCUUAUAUCGCUAGCGGUACUAUUUAGGAAGGAGCCGCUGCCAAACUACUCCCGUUAAGUGUUGCUUCCUUGUGUUGAAAGGGGAGACAUCUCCUGUAAACUUAGUAUGUUAUGGGAUUUACCCUGUGUAGGGUAGGUGUAAAGGGUAGGUGCUCAAGGAUGAAGCAAGAUGCCAUAGAGGUGCCAUUGUGAUGCUUCCGGCUAUCUCCCCUAACUCCUAGAUACUGCUGUUGUCACUGCUCUCAGGCUCCAAAAGUUCAGCAUAGAUUUAUAUCCUGGAGUUUUAAGGAGAAUGGACAGGUGAGUGACUUGUAGCCUGGGGGCUUCAUGUGGCCCCAUUGCCAUUUUAUGCAACCCCCAAAACCUGCCACCAUCCAUUUCUUUCUGCAGGGAUCCUACAUUCCAUUUAUUUUAUCACUAUUGUCGCUGGCUUUGCCUCCCUCCAUCUUUCUAUAUAGUUUCUCAAUAAUUGGAGAAGGCGGGAUUUCAUUUUUUUAAAAAAAAUCUACCCCCCAUUUGAGAAAAAAAUCCUGCUGUUUGUAAGACUCCUGUUCAAAGGAUUCCACAGCUUCUACGUUGAAAUCUAUGGGGCGAUCAGGCUCAAGAAGGGCAUACAAAAGAACUCAUUACAUGGUUGUUGGCAGAAGCUAGGACAUCUGUUGUACAAAAAUGGAAGACAUUGCAAGAAUUGCAAAUUUCCCCAUGUGUGGAACAUUGUGAUUGGGGGGGGGGGGAUAGGGCAUAAUUUAAAUGUUGGAAGCUCCAGAAGGUUGCCAGGCCAUGUGGUGGGAUUUCAUUUCUUACAGUGCUGCAAAUAGCCUCUGGGACUGUAUGGCUUUGCCUAUGCGUGAAAUAUGGCUUUCUGAAGGAUUUGUGAAUGUUUUAUAUAUCAUUAUGUCUCUCCAUUUUGAUUUUGUAUAGACUGAGGAGAAUUUGUACAUAGUCCUUGCCCUCCCUACUGGGUUAUAUCUCAUGGUGUGUAUAUACAACAGAUAAUAAUAAAAUUGUUAUGCUUCCAUCAUGGAAGUAUGUGUACGCAUGUCUGAAUGUGCAGCACACAAUUCCUCCUUAGAGAGGAAUUACAUUUACUUGCUUUCUAAAAUGGUAGUUGUUUGGUCUGCUUUACAUAAAAAGAAAAGAAAAGAAAUCCUCUGUACAGUGGUACCUCGGGUUAAGUACUUAAUUCAUUCCGGAGGUCUGUUCUUAACCUGAAACUGUUCUUAACCUGAAGCACCACUUUAGCUAAUAGGGCCUCCUGCUGCUGCCGCCGCACGAUUUCUGUUCUCAUCCUGAAGCAAAGUUCUUAACAUUUUUCUGGGUUAGCGGAGUCUGUAAUCUGAAGCGUAUGUAACCUGAAGCGUAUGUAACCCGAGGUACCAUUGUAUACUUAUUUCAGAGCAACCCCACAAAACCUAGUGGGGGUUACUUCUAAGUAGACCUUCAUAUCAUAGGGGCACAGGGCAUGGAGGGAGCCUGCUGCGUCCAGGAUCAGGCUUGACCCAGGAGUGGAGCUGCGACUGGGCCCAGGCACAAGAAAGCUGCCUCAGCAGCAACAUUGGGUGCCACAAUGCAGCCAAGGAGAGGGGCGGCAAUGUUGCUGCCAACUCUCCUCUCUCUGCCCCAGGAGUGGAGCUGCAGUUGGCAGUGUUGGUCCCCCAUGCAAAAAUGCUGUCUGCACAGCUCUUUCACAGCUCCAAUUAGGGGACCUGUGGUGGGGGCCCCUCCAAAAAAAUGUGCCAUGCCACCCCAACCACCCAUGCUAUGCCACUGCCUGUAAUAUGUCAUUGAUCACCCAGACCUUGAGAAUCAAGAUGGUGCCUGUUUUCAUCUUCAUCUACAUAAGCUCACCGAAAGUGUGACAGAACAUUGGGAGCUGCCUUUCAUACAUGGAGAAUAAUUUCUAGGUAAUAAGGGUCUAUGACAACAAUUUACCUUUUUAUAUAUAUAUAGGGAAGAAGAGGAUGAAGAUGUGCCUCAGAUUCCUGUCAUGCGAGAGGUCAGCUGCCUUUGUCAUUCUCUUUCUCAGACAAGAGGGCCGGGUUAAAUAUAGGACAGGGCUUCUGUUUCUUUGUUAGGUUGUGCCAAAAGCAGAGCUUUGGCAGAAGUCGAGCAAUUCUCCGAUAAUAACCGUGCCAGGGGGAUUGAACUGGUAUCCAGGGAAGAUAAUAUUCUUCUAACUGUUAAAGCCCUACUUGGGAGUUUGCCUUCUGUGCCAAUUCAACACGCAAAAGGGGAGAGCAGGAAUGAACAUGUAAGCUCUGUCCUCUUGUCAGCAUGUGCAGCGGAGAGCUUGCUUGACUCAUGCAGGCUGAGGCUCCCUGCAUAUGGGGAGCCUUGGCCCUCCAGAUGGCACUGAACUACAACUCCCAUCAUUCCCUGACCCUGUAGACCUGAAGGAGCGUCUACACCCCCAUUGUUCAGCCUGGACACUGAGGUACAGCUCUGAGGGCAUUCUGGUAGUUCCCUCAUUGCAAGAGUACCCCUAAACAUUUUUAAAGAAAAAAAGUAGUGUGUGGGGUGUGUGUGUGUUUGUGUACACACACACACACACACACACACACACACACACGUGGACUAGAUAACCUUUGGGGACCCUUCCAACCCUACGGUUCUCUCUCCUUCCAUCUCUCUCUCUCUGUAUAUUUGUAAAAACCAGUUUUGUUUUCUAGAGCACCAGUGACAUUUUGCAGCAUCGCAGAAAAGCACUGCAAACAUUCCGGCUUCGGAAGAAAGAAAUUGAAAAUGAGCAAGCUUCUGCAGAACUGACUGCAAAGAAACAAGAGUUCAAAGAGAGGAUGGAAGUGCUGGCCCAACGAAGAGAGGCACUUGAACAAAAAGAUCAGGAUGUAAGCAUCACUCUGCAUCUAUAAGGAGAGCACUUCGAGUUGGGGUCUAGGCUGGAUCUGCAUUGAUCUGUUAAACGUUAUUAACAGAAAAGAAACAUUAAAUCAAUAUACAUUAAAUAAUUAUCCAAUAUCCAAAAGCGGAAAAAAGAAAAAGCAUAAACAAAAUGAAAUAAACCCACUACCCUGUUUAACUUCCCUCCACCACUACUCGUCUUCUCUAGAAUCAAUUUUACCCUUAUCAUUGCAUUCCGAUUGUUUUUAUUUUCUCUAUAUACAUACAUACGUCAUUGAUAAUUUAUUGUUGAUGCAUUUACAUUCUUAACCUAAGGAUAUUAGCAUGUCUUUUUUAGAGCAAUAUUUUGUCAUAUAAUCAAAGCAUUGCCAUUCAUUUUUUAGUUUUUGAUUUGACUGCUGUCGUAUGGAUGCUGUUAAUUUAGCUAAUUUUAAAUAUUCAUUUAAUUUGAGAAUCCAUUCCUCCUUGGUAGGUAGUUCUUUAGCUUUCCAUUUAGAUGCUAUUACUAUCCUAGCUGUGGUGGUCGCAUAUAAGAAAAUUCUUUUUCCCUAUUUCGGUAUUUCUUUUUCUAAAAGGCCCAGUAGGUAAGCCUCUGGUUUUUUUGUUAAUGGGAUUUUAAGCAUUUUUUUCAACUGCUCAUGUAUUUCUCCCCAGAAGUACUUAAUCGGGGUGCAACUCCACCACAUAUCAGGCACUGCCAUUCUCACACAGUUGUAAUGAUGCAAAGCCGGAAAUGGGGGCCAGUCAGGUGUGCUAGCGACAGUGGUACCUCAGGUUACAUACGCUUCAGGUUACAUACGCUUCAAGUUACAGACUCCGCUAACCCAGAAAUAGUGCUUCAGGUUAAGAACUUUGCUUCAGAAUGAGAACAGAAACCGUGCUCCAGCGGCACGGCAGUAGCAGGAGGCCCCAUUAGCUAAAGUGGUGCUUCAGGUUAAGAACAGUUUCAGGUUAAGAACAGACCUCCAGAACAAAUUAAGUACUUAACCCGAGGUACCACUGUAUAGGGGGCCGAGAUGUCUUCAACUCCCUCUGUAUUUGUUGGAAGGGGACCAGGCCCCCUCAAUGUUGAGGGGGCAGAGGAGGUCGAGUGCGGAUCUAAGCAUGGCUCAGUGCUCAGCCCCCUCCAGACAAUUGGAAAAAUGAGAAAGUGAAAGAAACUGGAAAUGACAUUCACUCAUACUCAAUCGUAGCUCCAGAGCACUGUGCAGGCAGGCAGCCUGAUCACAAGAGGGCAGCAUAGCAGAGGCUGUAGAUGGGAUUUGAGAUGGAACACUAGCAUUUAGUUUGGUAGGUCCCCAAUUCAGCUGCUGGUAUCUCUGUUUAAAAGCUUCAAAUGUCAGAUGAUGAGCAAGACCUGCCUGAGACCCUGAAGAGUCUCCAUCUAGUUGCAAUAUGCAAUACUGGGCAAGAUAAACCAGCAGCCUGGUGAGGUAUAAGACAAAAGUGCUUGGACCCAUACCUAAAAAGUGUGGAACAAGAGGAAAACCACUUGGGCCCAUGCUUCCUAGGCAUGGGAAAAGUGGAAGUGUGAAGGAACCCUAAGUUGCUGUGAACUUAGUCCCAGGUAAGUGUGUAAAUGACUGCAGCUUAAUCAGUCUUCCCUCCAUUUUUUGUUAGUGUCCAGGAUGAAUUCAUUCGCAUUUUCUCUGAAACAAAUGACUUCCCCUUCAUGGGCUCCCACCUUUGAAUACUGAGCAAAACUAUGCAAAACUGAUUAAGCCUUCUUUCUCCUUCUUGGUUCAGAGGAAGAACCGAAUUCUUGAAUUUGACGCAUAUAUUAAAGAGUGUCAUCAGAAGAAGGAGCGUGUCAUUCAGCUGUACCACCAGGAACACGCGCUGAAAGCCCUCAAGAAGCGUGAGGUAUUCAAACUGAAAAAAGAGCUUAAGAAACUCCAAGUUAGGUAUGUGACUGAUGCUUUUAAGACAGAUUUGAGUCUGAGCCACGGGUAUCUGGGCAGGGGUGCAGUGAGGCAAUCUUAGACACUGGACUUCUGGAGGCCCCAUCGUUAGAUGCCAGUGUGUAUUACUCCACUUACUUCAAAAUGUCGUAAGCCAGCUUUGCUAUAUUUGGGGACUCUCCUGCUGGGGCAUUCCUCUGAGUGGGGCCCUGGACUUCAGUCCCAAAGUCUUCUCCUGAUAACACCACUGCACAUUAUUCUCCAGCCAGCCAGCAUGACUGGCUUUCCUGAUCUGAAGGUCCUGUGCCCUGGCAGAAUAGAAUCAUCAUCAAAAUUAUAUUUCUUAAGAAUGGGGGCUUGCUAAGAGGGCCAUAGCUUAAAUGGGGAAGGCUGUAUUUCAGUGGGAGAGCAUCUGCCUUGCAUGCAGAAGGUCGCUGGUUCAAUCCCUGGCAUCUCUAGGUAGGGCUGCCAGUCAGUGUAGAUAUUAUUGAGCUACCUGGGCCAAUGGUCGACUCAAUAUAAGGCAGCUUUCUGUGUUCCUAAAUUUAAUCCUUUACAUAUUUACAUAGAGCAAAUGUUUAAUUAUCUAAGAGUACAGUACUCAGCCAGAGGGACGUGGGUGGCGCUGUGGGUUAAACCACAGAGCCUAGGGCUUGCUGAUCAGAAGGUCGGCAGUUUGAAUCCCUGCGAUGGGGUGAGCUCCUGUUGUUUGGUCCCUGCUCCAGUGCCAGUGUGGUGUAGUGGUUAAGAGUGGUAGUCUCGUAAUCUGGGGAACCGGGUUCGCGUCUCCGCUCCUCCACAUGCAGCUGCUGGGUGACCUUGGGCCAGUCACACUUCUCUGAAGUCUUUCAGCCCCACUCACCUCACAGAGUGUUUGUUGUGGGGGAGGAAGGGAAAGGAGAAAUGUUAGCCGCUUUGAGACUUCUGAAGGGGAGUGAAAGGCGGGAUAUCAAAUCCAAACUCUUCUUCUUCUUCCUGCCAACCUAGCAGUUCGAAAGCACAUCAAAGUGCAAAGAGAUAAAUAAGUACCACUCCGGCGGGAAGGUAAACAGUGUUUCCAUGCGCUGCUCUGGUUCGCCAGAAGUGGCUUAGUCAUGCUGGCCACAUGACCCGGAAGCUAUACGCCGGCUCCCUUGGCCAGUAAAGCGAGUUGAGUGCCGCAACCCCAGAGUCGGCCACGACUGGACCUAAUGGUCCGGGGUCCCUUUACCUUUACCUUUACAGUGCACAGCCAGCUUUCCUUUUCCCUCCUUUAAAAACACAAUGGCGCCCCAGCUGUGGAAUAUAUUUCCCUCUGAGUUCUGCUGGUGCCUACCUCACUUUCAACUUUUGCCCUAGGUUAAGAAGACCCCAACUGCUUUCUUGGGGGUUUAUUAAUUGUUAACUCUGCUUUGUAAUAAUAAGGGGAUCAGCCACUCUGUGUUUUAAGAUGGUUGUGAUUCAUUCGUUCAUUUUUAUCUGCUUGCUUACCUAACAAAAGGGUGGUUCCAAAUAUAUCCGUGUACCUUGCUCUGAGUACAUUUUGAUAUAGAACUGGUCACAAAUAUUUUGAUAAAUGAAUGAAACAAAAGCCAAGACCCUUUUGGGUCCUCAGGACAACAUCUUGAUGGUGCUGACCACAUUUUUAUCUGUAAGCCACAUUGAGUCCCUGUCAGGGGGAAAAGGCGGCAUAUAAAUAAAUAUAUAUGCAGUGAUCAUCAUCACCAACUUGAGCCAGUGAAGGCUGCUCCAUUAGAGCAAAAGGGGCAGUAUUCCACCAACUUCACUGUGCCCCCAGCCAGCCCCUACCUGCCUGCCUUUUUAGUUACAUCUACUCCACAGGCAGACACUCAGUCUCAGUGUUGCCUCGGCAGAACUCCUUAGGGAGGAGGAUGAGAACAUAACUAGAGUUAGUUGGCUCUGCUCAUCAUUGGCUCAUUGACUUCUCUGCCCUCCUGCCUACCAGUCCCAAUGGGCACCAGCCAGCCAACACUGGGCUAAGCUGGUCUGUCACUCAAACGCACAGCUGGCAGGAACUGGUAGUGCAACUAAACAUGGGCCAUCUCUGCAGAUGUUUGGCUGCCCGUGGCAGUCAAGGUUGAGAUGGGGGAGGAUUGUCCCUCACAUUUCGUAACUGAGUUACAGCUAUGAUCCCUUUCCAGGAAUUCUAGUCAUUUGUUGAUAAGAUGAUUUUUAACGUCUGAGGCAUUCCAAGCGCCCCUAAUAUAUAUUUCUUCAGAAAAAAGGAACUACAGAAGAAGAUGGCAAAAUACAAAAGCUUCGAAGAUUUCCUGAAGAAAGUUACCGCCACAUUCACACCAGGUGAGUAUAAUCAUUAAACAGUUACACUUUACUUGGGGGGGACUCUGUACUUGACAAAUACGUAUUUAGAUUUCUUGCCUUUUGACUCAUAAAAGGAUCCACAAGACAUCUUUCAUAAACCACUUUUGAAGAGCCAUCAAAAAUAAAGAGUAGCACAAAAAUACCAAAACAAUAAAAACAUGACCCUGAUAUGUGUUUUCCAUGUAUAGCAUAAUCCACCCUGUUUUCCAUUGCAGGAUUUCUUGGAUAUCCGGAAGACUCCAUGGUUGAAGCCCUCAUCAAAAGGCACAAGACACUGCUUGAGGAAAACCAGAGCUUGAUGAAGAAUUUGUCCAUCCAGCAGUGUCACAUUGAGGAAACGCAAAAAGAAUUAGGGAUUUUGCGAGAGGAAUACAAUACCACGACAUUUGUAAUGUUCACUGAGCAUGUAGUUUUUAUGACGCCCAAUCCAUUCAUUCCACAGGUCCGAUUGUACUAAGCACCGAGUGUGCUGGUUCUUUUCUGAAACCUUAGAGAAGGUCAAUUCUGUCUUCUGAAACCAACAAAGCUUUGAGAAGUAUUUGCAGCACAUAGGAAACCCAUGCUGUGUAAUUAAUUAGGAUUCUCAACUUGUAGAUUCCUUCGGAACAGGGUCCAAUUGGUACUAUAACUGGUCACACUACAAAGCCUCAGAGAGGAUUUGUUGCUGCUGCUGCUGUUGUUUUCUUUUUCUGCAGGAAGUGGGUGAAUGAUCUUUUUGAAAGGCUUUUUGAAAAAUAUGAUUAUGGCUUCCCCCUCUUGCCCCAUUGUGUGCUGCUAGUGCAUUGCUGCUGCUGCUGCUAUUGUUUCAUUGUGUUCUAUUAGUUUGCAUCUUCCCUCUCAUUGUGUACUACUAGUGUACAUCUCCCUUCUCAUUGGGCACUAUUAAUAAUAUUAGUAUUAAUAAUAUUACUAUUAAUAAUAUUAGUAUUAAUACUAUUGGUAUCGAAUGGUGUUACAAUACUGGCAGGUAUUGUCUUCUCUGACUGGCAGUGGCUUUCGAGAAUCUCAGGUAGAAGAUCUUUCCUAUGGCCUGCUACCUGUUCUGUUAAGUGGAGAUGCUCCUAGGACUGAACCUGGGACAUUCUGCAAUCAAAGCAUGUACUGCAUCACUGAGCUAUGGCUCUUCCCCAUAAGCCUAAGUGCUGCUGUGGUGGAGGAAAUAAAACCAUUGCUACAGCACCAGACCCUUUUGUACCACUAGGAACCGUUGCUGUUUUCUAGGCAGCGCCGCUCACUUUUUCUCAGGGAAGCCUGGGAGCCUUGAAAUACCCUACCCUGACUUUCCCUGGCUAGUACCUAUGAUGGCUAUGUUCUACUUCCGCUAUUGAAGGAAGUUUGCCUCUGAAUACCCAUUGCGAGACACUGCAGAAGGGGUGAGUGCUAUUGUGCUCAUGUUCAGAGUGCUGGACUAAAUGGGUUCUUGGCAUGCUCCAGCAGGAAAUCUCAAAAGAGUCAAAACCUCUCCAGAUACAAUUUCUCUUUCAUUCAGCUGCCAUGCAUUCCAAAUAGUCUAAUGCGGCUGUGAAGUGUUUCUGCAUAUAUUUGCAUGUGUAGGUGGGUGAAAUCACUUGCAAAGCCUCUAUUUCCUCUUGCAAGCUUGGUUAAUAUUUUUAUUGUUAAUUACAGUCAUACCUUGGGUUGAAUGUGCUUCGGAUUGAGCGCGUUCGAGUUGCGCUCCACGGCAACCCAGAAGUAAUGGAGUGCGUUACUUCAGGAUUUCGCCGCUUGCGCAUCUGCAGACGCUCAAAAUGACAUCACGCAUGCGCAGAAGCAGCGAAAAGCAACGGGCAUGUGCCCAGACGUGCCGUCGCUAGUUACGUUUGCUUCUAGAUGCAAACAGGGCUCCGGAAUGGAUCCCGUUCGUAUCCAGAGGUACCACUGUAUUACAUUAAUGUUUACUGUAUGCUGCCCUGAGAUCCUUGGGUGAAAGGCAGAUUACAAAUGCCGUAAAAUAAAUGUACGAACAGCGCAUCCCUAAAUUCCCAUUUUAUGGCUUUGCCUAGGUGCUGCUCGGCAAAAUUUCUGAACUUCAGUCAAAGAAAAGUGCACUACAAGAAAAAAAGAAACACUUGUGUCACCACAUUAACAAUGAGGAAUGUCUCAUCGAUCAAAAGGUAAGCUUCUCUGAGUCCCCACCCCACCCCAAAGCUCCUGUUUAUUGAUUGGAUGUUGUAUACAACUUAGAGAUUAAAAAUGUACCGUAUUUUUCGCCCCAUAGGACGCACUUUUCCCCCUCCAAAAAUGAAGGGGAAAUGUGUGUGCGUCCUAUGGGGCGAAUGCAGGCUUUCGCUGAAGCCUGGAGAGCGAGAGGCAUCGGUGUGCACCGACCCCUCUCGCUCUCCAGGCUUCAGGAAGCUAUCCGCAAGCCUUGCAAGCCCGGAGGGAGUUCCCGCGGGCUCACAAGGCUUGUGGGCAGCAGCCUGCAGCCUGAAGCAUGGGGAGCCCUCCGGAGGGCGCCCCGUGCUUUGGGCGGGGGUCCGCAAGCCUUGCACGCCCGGCGGGAGGUCCCGCCCAGCGCGCGAGGCUUGGGGCAGCAGCCUGCAGCCCGAAGCACGGGGAGCCCUCCGGAGGGCGCCCCGUGCUUCGGGCAGGUGUGCACAAGGCUUGGGGCGGCAGCUGCGGCUGGGGGGAAAAAUAAUUUUUUAAAAAUUCAUUCCCCCCCCCAAAAAAAACGAGGUGCGUCCUAUGGGCCGGUGCGCCCUAUAGGACAAAAAAUACGGUAUAUAUUACAGGGUUUAUAAAUACUUUUGCUUUUAAGUAAAUAAAGUAAAAUACAGCUCCCAUUAGCCCCAGCCAGCAUGGAAGUUCAACAAUAUCUGGGCUGGAUCUACAUUGAUCUUUGAUACAUUAUUAAAUAUAAUGGUCUAUAACAUUUGUUACAGUUUCCCUUUGCCCUCUGCUCUACAGGGCCCUCUGGUGUCACAUUUUAGCAAUGGAUUUUUAGCAUUAUAAACCACAAGUGUAAAUCUGCCCCGGGAGGGCUAAAAGUUCCCCAUGCCUGCCUUAAUUUGCAAAAAGCCUGCUUUGAGGAUAGUGGAGGGGCAGGACUGACGAGUGAACUGGGAUUUAAUUUGCUGCUGUGUCCCAUUUGAAAUGAGAAUUGCAAAGCUGGGAUGAAACUGGAUUUAUAUUGAUAAUGAAGAUGAUGAACCAGCUCCAUCUUCUUUUUUUUAAAAAAGUGCUAACCUCACACUUGAUAAGUGUUGUCUUCUUUCACUACUCUCCAAGUAUAUGUGGAUGUAUAGUAGUGAGAAGGACAAAGUUCAUCCAUCUCUUUAUGCUCAUGUAGAGGCAAGAUCUAAGCAGGAUGAUGUUAGCAAUCAACAACAUGGCAGAGUUAUGCUACAUGCCUCAUUAUGGCCCUUUGGACAACAUGACAUUGUGGUCCAAGCUAGACAUGAUCCAGGUAAGUGAAACCAACCCAAGACUGAGUGUAACAUUUUAUCCAUGACUGUUAUGAACAGCAAUAAUCUAAGGGGAUAAAGCAGGCAUUUAGAUCAGGGAGUGGAGCAAUAAUACAUAAAGCAUUUUUACUCCGCUCUUCAGCCCCACUCUUCCUUUUUGAAGUGAAGGACAUGAGGCAGGAGUUGGUAGUGCAGGUAAGCUGCGCACAGGUGAGCUGCAAGCAAGCUGCCGGCCAGCUCUGUGGAGGCUCCUUUUAUUGACACAAUAUGCAAACCCAAAUUUUGGGCUGUGACCUUUAUACAUCUUCCAAUCCUGAAAUCGUGGGGUGGUACAAAGUUAUUUUGGCACCUGUUUCCACCGCGUCAUUUUCCCCUUGCAUAGUGUAUGACAAAGGAGACAAAUGUCUCAGAGACAAAGGUCACAGACAGGACACCACAGACUACUGAGACCGCAAAAGGUUAGACAGAGGGCAAUAUGUUCAGACAGUUGUGGCUUUAUCUGUGAGGGGGAGUGUGCCCCGCACCCGAAGGUCAUGUGUGCAGGCAGCUGAGGCUGCCUGCAGGUGGGGAGUGUGCUUCGCACCCAACGAUCAUUCCUAUACUCUUGACUUGACUGACUGCUGCCGCUGGGCCUGGACAGACUACAGACUGCAUGCACUACAACAGGCAUGUCCAACAGGUCGAUCGUGGUCUACCUAUCGACCGCAGGACGCUAAUGGCAGAUCGCGGUCAAUCGCAUGACCCUUAGCGUUUGUCCUCCAAAAGGAACGAAAACUCGCCUCCCCCCCCCCAAAAAAGCUCAACCACUCUGCCUCCUCGAAAGAAAAGCUCAACAAUUUUGCCAGGCAAUGACAAUGGGUAAAUCACAGCCAGUAUUUUAAUACCGUACUGUGAGUAGAUUGCAGUCUUUUGGGAGCUGGACAUGCCUGCACUAGAAAAUAAGACGGAAAGUGCUCUAAAGGGUAGGGUGGAAAGUCCACACUUUAGAACCAAGGAGUUCCUAUCUCCUGGUGUUGAAACAACUCACUGAUCAUAGCGCUGACUUCAUUUGUUUACUGAAAAAACACUGAAAAGCAGGAGAAGUCAGGCUUGCCCAUUUGUCUGUAUAUUUCACUUCCAAACUUUUUAAAUAGGUGUCUGAUUGACUUUCUUUUUUUAUGAAAGCUCAGAGUCUGGGUCCCCUUGCAGGCAGGGUGCUGGGGCGAUUGCACCACUGAUAAUCCAGCCUUUUUAGCCAUGCAGCAAGAUAAGAAGGGAAGGAGAAGCUCAAGAACCUGAGGCUUUGCUCAAGCAUGUUGCGUGUAGCAGCUCAGGCACAUAGUAUUUAACCAUGGUUUACUGCAGCCUCCUCCAGCCUGGUGUCUUGCAGAUGUUUCAGACUGCAUCUUGCAUCAGCCCCAACCAGCACAGAGCAAGGAUGAUGGAAGUUGUAAACUGAAACAUCUGGAGAGCACCAGGAUCUGGAUAGCUGUUUUAGAGCUAUGUGUGAACCAUCCCAAUGUGUUGUUCAAGAUUAAUUUUCCAUGUGAAUUUGUAAGACGCUUUCUCAAUACUUCAGCUUAAGCCAUUCUCCUUUUAGAAACUAAGCUUUAUUAAGAACCUUUCUGUCUUUUUAUUCAGGAGUCCAUUUUGAGGAAAAAACAGAUCGUAGAGGAAACAAAAGCACUGCAGUCUGAAGAACUUACAAGGUCAUCCUCUCAGCUUUUGAGGGAAAAGUCAUCUUCUACUCUUUCUGGGGAACAACUUAAAAAGCAAAUAAGCUUUGCCAGUAAGGACAAGCUGGAAGACAAAGGAGGAAAAGCAUAAGGAGACAAAUCUCUUUUAAAAUCCCAUAUACAGAAUGGGAGACACUGCAGGGACAAGUGGAAUAUUUAUAGUAGCUUCUGCACACAAAUCAACACAGAUGGAUGUCAAUGCAUUACCAUAAAUGCUUUGAUUUGUGGGUGAAAGGGUCUUUCAUGCUCAUUUUUUGCAAGUAUGGGUUGAGUGAUCUUGAUUCUUUCUGCCUGCUAAUUCUAUGUAUUUUGGUGUUUACGGACUUGCUGGAGGAGUGGAAGCCAAUCUCUGAAAGAACCAAUGCACAAUUUGGAGGUGCUCCUGCAGCCAUCCAUUGUCCUAAACAGGCAGGCAAACUGACCAUGGCUAGUUUUAGGGAAAACUAAUCUUGCCUAUAGUGUUCUUUACUCUUGAUCAGGGCUACAUAACAGCUCCACCUGCCCGCCCCCCCCAUGCCAGUUAAGCACACUUUUUUAUUUUUUAAGUGGAUAAUGUAACCUGUACUUAGCCCUUAAUCCCAGCACAUAUUUUAAAGGAACAGAAACAGGAGUACAAUCUGCAAGCUUGUUUUCAGAGCAUUCAAACAGUGAUGCACACGUUUGUUAGAUUAAUAUGUAGUUUAGAUUCUGCAUUGAUACACUUUGGAUCAGGGGUCAGCAACCUAAGGCCCAUGGGCCAGAGGCGGCCUGCGGAGGACGCUUGACUGGCCCAUGAACCACCCCCGAAAUGAGCUGCCCACUUGCGUGCUGCACUAAACCAGUGCAGUGCUGGAAAUCGCAUCUGCACAGACACAGACAAUUGCGGGCGCUCACACUUAUGCACAGUCCGGCCCAUGGAGGGAUCUCCGUGGGACUGAUCUGGGCCUGCCCAAACAAGAUAAACCUUGCUGACCCCUGCUUUGGAUGAAAUGCAGUUAAAGGCACAGCCUGCUAAGUGAUGCAAUGGUUGCAUGGAUACGCAAACUAAGGCCCAGGAGCCAAAUCCGCCCCAGUCGCCUUCUAAAUCCAGCCCAUGGAUGGUCCGGGAAUCAGCGUGUUUUUACAUGAGUAGAAUGUGUGCUUUUAUUUAAAAUGCAUCUCUGGGUUAUUUGUGGGGCAUGGGAAUUCGUUCAGGUUUUUUUUCAAAAUAUAGUCCGGCCCCCCCCCACAAGCUCUGAGGGACAGUGCUACUGAAAAAGUUUGCUGACCCCUGAGUUAGAGUGUUGGACUAGGAUCUGGGAGAGCAGGGUUCAAAUCCCCACUCAGCUAAGAAGCUCUCUGGGUGACUUUGGGCUAGCCACCAUCUCUUAGCCUAACCUACCUCACAGGGUUGUUGUGAGGAUGAAAUGGGGACAAGAAGAACCAUGCACACCAUCUUGAGAUCCUUGGAAGGUGGUGUGUGUGUGUGUGUUUCUGAGUAGCCAUUGGUAGACUGUUAGGCUUCUACAAAAUUAUCGAAUCAUAGAGUUGUAAGGGACCACAAGGACCACCUAGUCCAACCCCCUGCAAGGCAAGAAGGUUUUGCCCAACAUGGGGCUCGAACCCACAGCCCUAAGAUUAAUAGUCUUGUGCUCUAUCAACUUUAGUAUUGGGUAUAUAUUUAUAUUCAGUUCAAGACAAUUAUCAAUAUAUCCCUUUGGGUUUUACAAAACUAUGGGGAGCAGAAGAGUCUUCUAACCAUUAAAUUAUUCUGAAUCAGUGCCCAAUAGACUGUUUGUUUUCUAACUGAGUCUCAUUUGAACAGUUAGGCUGAUAUGUUUGUUUUCCAACUGUGGUUGUGAAAUUAAGUUUAAGUGGAUUUGUUAUAUAAACUCUGUUUGUAUAUUCCAACUAUGUUUCUCGCCGUUAUAAAAUAAAUGAUGCAAUUCUCAAUUCCUUUGUUGCACAAUACACAUAAUAUCUAAACAGCAGUUGUACUUUGGGAGGCUGUGAGAGUGCAUUUGACUCAUUCUCCAAAUAUUGUCUUGGCGAUUUUGUAUAUUUUGGCCAACAGUGAAUUUUAUUUAUUUAUUUCAAUAUGGUUACUAACAACAGUACAGGUUGCUUCCAUGUUGUCUUAUCAAUUAUAUUAAGAAAGCUGAUUGUUCAUUUUUGUCUGGUAAGACACCCAAAGAACCCAAUUUUAAUAUAUCCUACAAAUAUAUAUAUUGGUUUUAUUCCAGUGUGGCUUCUCCAAAAGAAUCUUGGGUAUGGUGAAGGUGCUGGUAUUUUUUUAAUGAAUUUCCCAGGGUCAACUGUGGAGAGGGAAUGACUAUUAAAGCCAGUUUAAUUUUGCAGGUUUGAUGCCCUCAGUGUCCAGAUACUUUACCUGGAGACAAUAUUAGUGUAAUAAAAAAAUAAAUAAAUCUUUUCAAAGUAUCAGAAUUUGUAUACCACUUAAUUGUAAAAACAUCUAAGCCAUUUACAUUUUUUUAAAUAUACA